CGCCCACGUGUGCUUUUCGCCGCCCUCUACUGGCUGAAGGCCCCGCCCGUCUACUUGGCGCUACCCGGCCGUGAUUAAUUACCUCAGGUUUGGACUGGUCCCAUGUAAGGUCAUAAGGAACCUUGUCUCUUUAAGAUGCCGGAUGUUUAGGUUUCCAGAGCCAUCUUAUUUUACUUCCUGUACUUGGACCUCCCUUUUCUCAGAGAGAUGAUGGUGGCUUGUCUGUUGUUUGUUCUCAUGUGGGCUUUAAUGGCAGGUGCCGAACUUCGCUUUGCCUCCUAUUUUGCUGACCACAUGGUAUUGCAGAAGGGCCCGGCUUGUGCAGUUUUAUGGGGCUAUGGAGAUCCUGGCGCAAACUUAACGGUGAAGGUUUACCAGGGUGAACAUACUGUUAUGAAACAAACGGUACAGGCUGACGAAGUCCUUCGGAUCUGGAAAGCAGUCUUGAGUCCCAUGGCCCAGGGCGGUCCUUAUUCCAUAGAAGUAUAUCAGUUCUAUAAAGAAGAAGUGACCAACAUUACGCUGCAGGAUGUCUAUUUUGGAGAUGUCUGGCUUUGCAGUGGGCAAAGUAACAUGGAGAUGACGGUUUCUCAGAUAUUCAAUGCCAGCAAGGAGCUUGCAGAGGCUUCACGUUUUCCAUAUGUGCGAGUGUUCGCAGCCUCUCUUGCUCAGUCCGAAGAGGAACUUCUGGAUCUUCCCGGUAUUGAUUUGCAGUGGUCUGUGCCGACAGCUGAAAACUUGGGCCAUGGAGACUUCAGUUACUUCUCUGCUGUAUGCUGGCUGUUUGGACGCUAUUUGUAUGAGAUGCUGCAGUACCCCAUAGGACUGGUCGAGUCCUCCUGGGGAGGGACACCAAUUGAGGCCUGGUCCUCGCAGAAGGCACUGCGCAGCUGUGGGCUCUCGGAGGACCAUAGAAGAGUCCCUGUCUCCUAUCCUAAUUCUGGCCCUAAAGCGUUCUCUGUGCUCUGGAAUGCAAUGAUCCACCCUCUUCUCAACAUGACCCUCCAAGGUGUUAUUUGGUAUCAAGGUGAAGCAAACACUUUAAUGGACACUGAUCUGUACAACUGUACAUUCCCAGCGCUCAUUGAAGAUUGGCGGAAAGCUUUCCAUGACGGGUCGGUUGGGCAAACGGAGCAGUCCUUUCCCUUUGGCUUUGUCCAGGUAUCUACAUAUCACCGAGUAGGUGUUGAUGACAGCUUUCCACGUAUUCGAUGGCAUCAAACAGCAGACUACGGUUAUGUCCCUAAUAAGAAAAUGCCAAAUACUUUUAUGGCUGUCGCCCUAGAUCUCUGUGAUGCUUCUUCUCCCUAUGGGAGUAUCCAUCCCCGCGAUAAACAGAGUGUGGCCUAUAGAUUGCACCUUGGUGCUCUGGCAGUGGCUUACGGAAAGGACAACUUGACCUUCCAAGGCCCAUUCCCUCAGCAAGUGCAAGUGGAUGUAGCCCUUAAGCUUCUGAAUGUUACCUACAACCAGAAUAUCCAGCUUCAUCAUAUGGACAGCAAGAUAUUUGAGGUAUGUUGCUCUGACCUAGCACUGUGUAAGUGGAAACCAAUACCUAUCAGAACUGCCUCCUUCCGCACAGUGACUCUACACAACCUUGUUUGCCCCCAAACAGUAACUGGCCUGCGCUAUGCAUGGACUGAGUGGCCUUGUGAAUACAAACAGUGUCCCCUUUACAACAUCCAUUCACUGCCUGCCCCUCCAUUCAUUUCAUUUUCUCACAAUAGCCCUGUUUGGGUUGUGUCAUGAAUGCUAGUAAGUGGUACUAGGCUAACAAGUUCUUAUUUUGUUCCCAUCCAUCACGAUAAAAAGAAGGCCGACUGAUCUAUGCAGGAUCCCUAUACCCUACGGGCUGUUUUUCUUUAAUUAGUACAUUUUCAGGCUGAUGAUGAAAAAAAAUCAUGCUGCUGGGUUCGUGCUCGCUCCCUUACCUGUAGGGACGGAUAGGUGGCACUUGCUAUAUUUCCUGUAUCACCUGGUGCCAGUCAACAUAAUCCAUCAUAAUGAACCCUUUAGAGAAACGACACUGGUGAUCAGGCAUGACUUGUACCAGCUCAUCACACACACCCACGCACCAGACUCACAAAUGGCAUACCAGAAAUAGCAGAAUUUGGACACUUCCAUUAUUGGGUCAUCACAGUACCUGGAUCUGACUGUCUGCCUUAUCUCCUGCCUGCUGUUAGCUGUGUGCAGCUACAACAUCAUGCUGAAAGAAGACUAACUUAUUAAAAAUCUCUCUGUUCACCUGUGAAAGAAGUAAACCUAAUUUUAACCAGGUCUUAAAGCAUGCCAAGUUAAUAAAGAUCUGCUAGUACUUGCAUGGCAUGCCCUUGGUGAGCUUGUAGAGUAAGGCCUUAAUCCAGUCUGACCUCAGGCUGUGGAACUCUUGCCUUUAUGUUCACCUUCUUUGCUUUUGACCUUCUGGAAUUUGAUCAAGACACAUUUGUUGGGAGGACAUAUGAUGAUUUUAUCUCCUGACAUGUUUAAUCCAUUAGUACUGCUCCUGUGAUUUUUACUGAUUAUUUUAAAUCAUAUUGGCUGCUGUUUUAUGAACUGUUUUUAUUAUUGCUAUUUUAACAGAACAGCUAAAAAUAAAGAAUCUGUUUUUCUUU